AUGGCGGACGCUGAGCAGAAUUUACGCGAGAUUUUAGACAAAAUAUUGGAUGAAGAAAAAUAUUGUCCACGAGAAAUAAAGAUUCAAGCUAUAACUUCUGGUGGUGCGAAUUAUACUUCAGCUAUAUUUUUAGUGAAGGUAACAUCUCCGAACCGCGAUGAUUUGAAUUUAUUCGCGAAAGUGGCGAUGGUGAGUGAGGUUAUGAGGACACGAUUGAAUAUUGAAUGGCUAUAUGAUACAGAGAAAUUCGUCUACACAAAACUUGUAAAAGUCUACAAAGAUAUUGAAGAAAAACUCAAUGUUCCUCAAGAAUAUAGAUAUGUCUUCCCAAAAUGUUACGGCUGCAACGCAGAACACGGUAAAGAGAUCGUUGUUAUGGAAAAUUUAAUUGAAGACGGUUACAAAUCGUACAACCGAUUUAAAUCAAUGGAUUGGGAGCACGCUAGUAAAGGCGUAGAAAAUUUAGCCAAAUUUCACGCUUUAUCCUUCGCUUUCGCUAAAUAUCAACCUGAAGAGUUCCAACAAGUGGCUGAAGAUAUUCGAUAUAAAAUUGCUCAAAAACAAAGUGAAGAACCAAAUGGAAUUAUGGCGGGAAUAUGGGAUAAAAUGGUAAACAAUGCAGUAUCUGUAAUUAAGGAAGAUCAAAGAGAUGCUGUGAAAAAAUUCUUUGAUAGUAAUAUUCAGUUGCAUGAAUAUAAUAGAGCACUCGGAAAGCCCGUCAUCGCACAUGGGGAUUACAGGAUGAGCAACCUUUUAUUUAAAAAGCAGGAUAAAGAGUUCAAUGCCAUCGCGGUGGACUACCAGACAGUCCACGCAGGCAAUCCAAUUACCGAUCUUUUUUACUUUAUCUUCUUGGGUUCAGAUGAAGAGUUCAGGAAACAGCACUACGAAGAACUUCUGGAUCAUUAUUACAAAAGUUUAGUACAGGCCUUAGAGAGACUUUCUGUAGAUCCUGUAGAAGUUUAUCCAAGGAACAAAUUUGACAGUGAUUUGAAAGAGAUACUACCAUACGGCCUCCUGCUCGGAGCAGCACUCCUGCCCAUCGUCACUGUAGAGGCAGAAUCUGCUCCGAAAUUGGACGGAACUACAGAUGUACACGAUUUCCUCAUAAAAUCUAAUGACCUGUAUGCAUCGAGAUUUAGCGGAAUUGUCAACGAUUACAUUGCUUGGGGAGUGAUUCAG